CUGAUCUUAUAUAACAAGAGAUUAUAUUGCUUGUAAAACAUAAAUAUACAUCCAUUGAACUUCUCUUCUCAAUCAAUGGAGAAAUCACCAAGAUACAGAGAUAAAGCAAAGAACUUGCUUCCUUCACCAAGCAGCUGCACCACUACACCGACCAGAUACGUUAAAGACGACAUGUAUGAAACCACUUUCAUCCGAACCGAUCCUUCUUCCUUCAAGCAAGUCGUCCAACUGCUCACCGGAAUCCCCAAGAACCCGACCCACCAACCCGACCCGAGAUUUCCUCCUUUUCACUCAAUCCCUCCGAUCAAAGCCGUGACCAACAAGAAACAAUCUUCGUCCUUCCGACUCUCCGAACGUCGCAACUCGAUGAAGCAUUAUCUCAACAUCAACCCGACCCAUUCCGGGCCACCCGAGAUUCUCACUCCCACCAUCUUGAAUUUUCCGGCUCUCGAUCUCAGCCCUGACACUCCUCUCAUGUCUGAUCCGUUUUAUCGACCGGGGUCUUUUAGUCAGAGCCCUAGUGAUUCGAAACCGAGCUUCGAUGAUGACCAAGAAAGAUCGAUCAAGGAGAAAGGGUUUUAUUUGCGCCCGUCACCGUCGACAACUCCGAGGGAUACGGAGCCUCGACUUCUCUCUCUCUUUCCGAUGACUCCGAUUCACUCGCCGGCGCCUUCACCUCAUGAUCAUUGAUCAACCCUAGUUUUGCUUUUGUUUUAUGUUAUGUUGUAAGUUUCUGUUAUGCUUGGUGUGACAACAAUUGAUUGAUGACAAUUAUAUUCUUACAAAAACUUGGACUUUUGCGAAUACACUCGCUAACUAAUAUUAUACUGUUUCUUUC